GUCAGAGCCAACCCCUUUCUCUUCAUUCAAACCUUUCUUCUUCUCUUACAAUCUUAUCCAAAUCAAUGGAGGAUAAGCGGCGAACCGCUCGAAGCCUCGUUGCGAAACUCAGCUCCGUCUCUGAACGCACCCGAACCGACGCUUUGUCGGAAUUAAGGCAGAUCUCCAAGCUCGACCCUGAAAGUCGACGGUUUAUAGCCGACGCCGGCGCCGUUCCUUACCUUUCCGACACGCUCUAUUCUUCUUCUCAAACGAUACAAGAGAACGCCGCCGCUACUUUGUUGAAUCUGUCGAUUACUUCGCGCGAUUCUCUCAUGUCCACCCGCGGUCUCCUAGACGCGUUAUCUCACGCUCUGAGCAAUCCGGCUUCGCACGCGGCGGUUCAAUCCUGCGCCGCCGCGCUUCACAGCCUUCUCAUAGCCGACGAGUCUUAUCGUCCGGUGAUCGGGUCGAAACGCGAUAUCCUUUACUCGCUGUUGUCGAUCGUCGGUGACAAACACGCGCCGACUCGUUCGAUUAAGGACGCGCUGAAGGCGUUGUUCGGAAUCGCGCUUUACCCGUUGAACCGGGCGAGCCUGGUGGGUCUCGGGGCGGUUCCGGCUCUGGUGUCGCUGAUAGUGAGGGAUGCGAGGACGGGGAUCGUGGAGGAUGCCACGGCGGUUCUGGCGCAGGUGGCAGGAUGCGAAGAGACUGAGGAAGCUAUGAGGAAAACAGGUGGGGUGGGGGUUUUGGGUGAGCUGUUGGAGGAAGGGUCGUCGGCGAGUAGGAGAGCGAGGGAAAACGCGGUGGCGGCGCUGCUGAACAUGGCCAGGUGCGGCGGAGAAAGGGGGAGGAGGGAGGUGAAAGAAAUGGGGGUUAAAGUAAUGGAAGGAAUUGCAGAGGUGGGUGAGAAUGGUAGUGGUAAAGGGAAGGCCAAGGCUCUUGAACUUUUAAAGCUUCUUGUUGACGGAAAUGGUAAUGAGGUGAGCGACUUUACGUUUAAAUUUCAUAAAAUUAGUUAUGAUUUCAUUAAUCAUUCUGUAUGAAGAAAAAAAUUAUGG